AAUUUAAGUUGUAUCAGAUCGUUUCCCACUCCGCUCACAUUCAGUAGCUCGUGAGUGAUAAACCAACCGGCUUUGCUAUGAUUAGGUCAGCUGCAACACCAGUUAAAAACAUUUUACGUCGUAAUUACUCGAACGUAGCUCCUACUACGAAACUAUUCAUUGACGGUAACUUCGUCGAUUCAAAAACUACAGAAUGGAUAGACCUCCAUGAUCCUGCCACUAAUAAUUUAGUUACUAAAGUUCCUAAAAGUACCACUAGCGAAAUGGAAGCAGCAGUUGAAUCAUCUAAAAACGCUUAUGGCAGCUGGAAACAAACAUCAGUAUUAACCAGGCAACAGCUGAUGCUGAAACUUCAAGCAGUAAUUAGAAGAGAUAUUAAGAAAUUAGCUCAAAAUAUAACAUUAGAACAAGGGAAAACAUUAAUAGACGCUGAAGGAGACGUGAUAAGAGGAUUGCAGGUUGUUGAACACGCCUGCUCAGCUGGAACUCUUCUCCAAGGAGAAUCCUUACAAAGUAUUUCCAAAGAUAUGGACGUCACUUCAUAUAAGUUACCUCUAGGGGUAACGGCUGGUAUCUGCCCUUUUAACUUUCCUGCUAUGAUUCCUUUAUGGAUGUUUCCAUUAGCCUUAAUUGCUGGAAACACGAUGGUAAUAAAGCCUUCUGAAAGAGAUCCUGGUGCGACUAUGUUGUUGAUGGAGCUAUUGAAUGAAGUUGGAUGUCCUCCAGGGGUAGUUAAUGUUAUCCAUGGAGCUCACAAAACUGUAGAUUUCAUUUGCGAUAACAAAGAUAUCAAAGCUAUAAGUUUUGUUGGAUCUGAUAAUGCUGGUAAAUAUAUUUAUUCGCGAGGAACAGCUAAUGGAAAGAGAGUACAGUCGAACAUGGGAGCUAAAAAUCACGCUGUAAUUUUACCAGAUGCCAAUAAAGACGCAGCGUUAGAUCAGUUAGUUGGUGCAGCGUUUGGAGCAGCUGGGCAGAGAUGUAUGGCUAUAAGUGUUGCAAUUUUAGUAGGUGAGGCUCAACAAUGGAUACCAGAUUUGAUAGAAAGAGCCAAAAAGUUGAAAGUUAAUGCUGGACAUGAACCAGGAACAGAUGUAGGACCUGUAAUAAGCCCACAUGCUAAAGAAAGAAUUUUAGGACUUGUUGAGGCUGGUAUAAAACAGGGAGCCAAAUGUAUAUUAGAUGGAAGAAACAUUAAAGUUGAAAAAUAUCCAAAUGGUAACUUCGUCGGACCGACAAUUUUAACAAACGUGAAAACAGAUCAAGAUUGUUACAAAGAAGAAAUAUUUGGUCCCGUUUUAUGUGUUAUUUCUGCCAAUACUCUGGAUGAGGCUAUUCAAAUAAUUAAUGCAAAUCCAUACGGAAAUGGAACUGCUAUAAUGACCACGAACGGAAGUUAUGCCAGACAAUUUAUACAUGAAACUGAUGUGGGUCAGGUUGGCGUUAACGUUCCCAUUCCAGUUCCUUUACCAAUGUUCAGUUUCACGGGUUCGAGAGGAAGUUUCCACGGUGACUUGCAUUUCUAUGGUAAACAAGGACUGAACUUUUACACUCAAACAAAGACUGUAACGUCCUUAUGGAGAAAGGGACAAGUUGAAUCCAGGACGUCUGUGUCAAUGCCUGUUCAUAAUUAAAACACGGACAAGUUGAUAAUAAAGAUUUGAAUUCAUACAAAGUUUUUGAAGUCAUUUAAUUAUUAAAAGUGUUUCUAUUAAAACAUGCUAUUUUUAUAAUUAAUAAAAAAUUGUUAAUAUA